AUGCCACCUAAGGUAACCCGAUCGGGUCGUGUCAGAGGAAAAGAACCUGCCAAUGACCCCGGGGAAACUCCUUCAUUAGCCGACACAACUCCAAAUCUCCCAGCAGAAAGAUCUAUAUCUACGGCUAAGCCGUCAAAAUCUUCGUCAAUGGAUACAUCCCGCUCUGCCGAGCCUUCAAAUCCUGAACAGAGGUCUACUACCUCAAGGAGAGGCGGCCGAGGUGGUGCGCAUGGUGUCACUGCAGCACCUACCGCCAGUCGCUUUAAACCGAAAAAUGUUCGAAGAAGUGCCACGGAACUGGCUGAAUUAGCUCGAAAAGAACAGGAAAGGCUGGCUGAGGUUGCUGAAAAGCUUGCACGAGAUCAGGCUCGUCUGAUGAGGGGCCGUGGAAUGCAACGUGGUAGAGGAGAUGCAAUGGGACGAGUAAGAGGAGCGCUGGGAUCUGCAAGCUCAAUUUUUGGAGUCGUACCCGAGGGACUGAAAAAAGCAGCCGGAGUUCUUUCACUUAGGAGUGCCGGUGGAAGUAGCGGCGGUGGGUUUGGAGGCCAGAGUGGUAGUGGCUCUGCUGGUAGGUUUUCUGUCAAGAAUGAAGGAUCAGGAAAUUUUGGGCACAGCAGAGGAGACGGCGAAAGAAACAACUAUUCGCACUUUACACCAAAAUAUCCAGGCGAAGAUGAAGACCUUAUAAGGAUCGAUAUUGAGCAUAUUAACCUUCUUUCCGAUGAUGAGCCUGACACUAUCUAUGCUGAAAACCCAAAGAAGCUCAGUAAAGGUACGGCACUUACCAAAAGUAAUCUUAGACCCGUCCGUCUUCAUCGCGAGGAACAUAAGGAGCGGGUAACAAUCGUUAACACUGCACCAAGUGACCAGCCACUAUCGGUGUCCAAACCAGAAUCAGGCAGUGAUGAUGGGCUGUUUGUGGCUGAUAAUACUCGGUCAACACAAAAUUUUCCGAACCCUACUAAAUCAACAGCCUCUACCUCAUUGAAUGACGCCAUAGUCAAGACCGAACCUGGCACUGAGGUUGCCCUUGCAUCUCUCCCGCCCGUCUCUAUCAUGCAACAAACAGAUGAUCUGCGCACAAACGACUCUUCAAAGACUAAAGUAGAAAUUGAUGACACAAUAUCCAUUUCAUUAUCCUCUAUUCCCCUUACUUUGGAAGAAAAUGAUACAUUAAAAGCAGAGAUAGGCUUGGAAAAGAAUCCAAAGCAACCCAUAAAGAAGCGGGGUUCAAAACCAGUGAUUCAGACCGAAGAGGACCAAGCUGAAUAUGAACGACAUUUAGAAGACGUGGCUAUCCUAGCCAAUGAACUAGGCGGCUUACAACAAGAGACGUCCUCGAAAACCCUGGACCCAGACGGUGACGAGAGCAUGGAGGAUAAUAAUACACCUCCAGAACAAGACAAGAAAGAGGGAAGGCUAUACCUAUUUCAGUUUCCACCUGUAUUACCAAUAUUAUUCAACCCAAAUACAGAGAACAAGCCACGAUCAAAAUUUGAGGACAAAGAAACGGAUGUGAAGGUUAAAAAAGAAGAUGAGCCGAAACAGGCAAUUAAAACUGAGAUAGAGCCCGAAAAAAGGCUAGAUAUGUCCCAGUUAGGAGAUGCCAGCUCUCAUAUCUCUGGUAUAAAAUUGGAGGAAGACCUUGUCCCUAUCUUUGACGAAAAGCUGGACAUCACAGGGCGCGGUGAGAUUGUUCACGAAGAAGGCUUUGUCGGGAAGCUAGUAGUCAGAGAAAGUGGACGAGUAGAGCUCUGCUGGGGUGGUGCAAAAAUGCUCGUGGGGCGGGGUGUUGAUGCUGGAUUUUUAACGACAGGCGUUAUUGUUGAUAGCAUUGAGAGAGGACCCCAAGGAGGUGGUGUACCCGAGGGUAAAGCACUUGGAAUGGGCCAAAUUAUGGGAAAAUUCAUCGUUACGCCAGACUGGAUGAAUAUGGCCUGA